AAGGCGCCGCGGAGCCUGACAGCUAACGGCGCCCGCAGGGGGCUGCGCCGCCACCCACUUGGCUCUCACUGCCCGAUACCUCCCCUCUCCGGCCGGCCAGUGGUCACCCUCAUUCCCCCGAACUACGGCGAGAGGGUUUGAGGGAACUGGAAGUCUAGAGCUUUUGGAAUCUGCAGUUACCGCCUUUUUCACUUCCCAACCAUUUCCUGUCAACUCUGAGCAUCCUUUUUAUUCCCUCUGCCAAAACCUGUUGACAAUCGCAUUUUUUGCGCUCUCUGGGCUGGAUAUGUUGGACUCCUUAGAUGUGGUGAACAAAGAUGAUAUAAUAGAGUGGAUUUACUCUCUGCAGGUCCUUCCCACAGAAGACAGAUCAAAUCUAAAUCGUUGUGGUUUCCGAGGCUCUUCAUACCUGGGUAUUCCAUUCAACCCAUCAAAGAGUCCUGGAACAGCUCAUCCUUAUGAUAGUGGCCACAUAGCAAUGACCUACACUGGCCUUUCGUGCUUAGUUAUUCUUGGAGAUGACCUGAGCCGUGUAAACAAAGAAGCUUGUUUAGCAGGCUUGAGAGCCCUUCAGCUGGAAGAUGGAAGUUUUUGUGCAGUACCGGAAGGCAGUGAAAAUGACAUGCGAUUUGUAUACUGUGCUUCCUGUAUUUGCUAUAUGCUCAACAACUGGUCCGGCAUGGAUAUGAAAAAAGCCAUCAGUUAUAUUAGAAGAAGCAUGUCCUAUGACAAUGGGUUGGCACAGGGAGCUGGACUUGAAUCUCAUGGAGGAUCAACUUUUUGUGGCAUUGCAUCACUGUGCCUCAUGGGUAAACUAGAAGAAGUUUUUUCAGAAAAAGAAUUGAACAGGAUAAAGAGGUGGUGUAUAAUGAGGCAACAAAAUGGUUAUCAUGGAAGACCAAAUAAGCCUGUAGACACCUGUUACUCUUUUUGGGUGGGAGCAACUCUAAAGCUUCUGAAAAUUUUUCAAUACACUAACUUUGAGAAAAAUAGAAAUUACAUCUUAUCAACACAAGAUCGCCUCAUAGGGGGAUUUGCCAAGUGGCCAGAUAGUCAUCCAGACGCUUUGCAUGCAUACUUUGGGAUCUGUGGCCUGUCACUAAUGGAGGAAAAUGGAAUUUGUAAAGUUCAUCCUGCCCUGAAUGUAAGCACACGGACUUCUGAACGCCUUCGAGAUCUUCAUCAGAGCUGGAAAACCAAGGACGCUAAACAAUGUUCAGAGAAUGUACACAUCUUCACAUGACUUACUUUAAAUUGGGAGGGUGGGGAAUGGAUUUGUAUGUAGCAUAACUGUAGCUCAAGGUUAAAAGCCAUGUAUAACCAAGUGUGCUCUUUUUUUAAGAGGUAGAGUCUUACAAUCAAAUCAUGUGCUGAUGUCACUUUGGGAUAUGGUCUUGAGCCAGUAACCUUUGUACUGAGUUUCAAGAAACUCUUUGAAGUUUGAACCACAGUGGACUCUGUUGUGGUUCUUAAAUGUUUAUACUGUAUUUCUAAGAAGUUCUUUGAGGCUAAUUAACUGUAUGUAUGUAGGUUAUCGUUUUUUAAAAAUAGCUCUUAAAUACACAUUGUAUCAUAUUAUAAAAUGGACACAAAUCUUCAAAACAAGUUUACAGUUCACAUAGCUCUGAUAAUCUUUGGGUGAACACUAGGUGAUCAUUUAAAAGCUUCACUGCUGAUGGUGUGAAGUUGCUUUAAUGAAUUAAGUAUCUGGGAUUAUUCUGUGAAAACAAAUGAUCCCAUAAUUUUUUAAAAAAAAGAAUGACUUAUUUUGUCUUAUUCUUAAGGAAAGUGUGUGCCAAUUAUACUGUGUGGUCUAUAUAAAUGAAAUUAACUUCAUAGCAAGAAUGACUACUAGGCGUAACUAAUACAAUAAUUUUCUAAAGGGAGAUUGUUUUAAGAAGACUACUAUGUAACCGAGGGAAACGUAAUUUAACUGUAUGUGAUUGUGAAUGGGAAGGUCUUGUGCUGUGCAGCUUAUUUAUUUAGAUGUUACUGCGGUGAAUAACAGUCUUGUUUGAUUUUAAUCUCAGAUCAUUAGUUGCUUUUUUCUCUUUAUAGGAAGAAAAUAGUCUUAUAUAAAGGAAAGACAUUUAGUGGUUUUGUUUAUUUUUCUGAGUGACGUGAUAUUAUAAAUUGUAAUUUUACAACCGAGUUAUUUUUUAGCUAUUUGGAUUUUUUUUAGUUUGCCCCAUGUUUUAUUUAGCUGCUCUAAUUUCAAACUGAUAAUUUUCUAAUUUUUUUCAAAUUAAAUCAGUAAAAAUUUAAUUAAAAAGCAGGACCACUCAAGUAAAUUUAAUGGUGUGGUUGCAUACAUGGUCGUUUAUAUUUUUAUAUUUUCAGGUAAGUGGGAGGGAAAUGUACUAUUUAGGGUUAAAAACUGGGGUAUUGCUUUUGUUCUUUUUCUUUUGUUUUCUUCAUUCUGUAAAUUUGCUAAUUGUAGAGGAGAUAGUGUAAAAACACAUCUUACUAGUAAUCAGUUUAUCAGUAAAUCACAUCAGUCACUAUUGCUCAAUGACAUUCAAAGAUAUGAAACUAGUACUGAAAUGCAGAAGGAAAGUGCUUCAUUAAUGGAGCUGGGUGGAAGUUAAAGUCUUGGUAAUAAUAAAUGUUGAAGUAUUAGUUCUCCAAGUAUCAGUAUAAAAAUUAAAUCACUAGUAUCACUGUUUAGGUAUUAUAAUAUUUAAAUUUUUAUUUUAAUUUCUGUCUUAAAUUGGAGGAAAAAAUACCUUUAAAUCCUUUAAAUAAUGGUCCUUCUCAAGGGAAAGCUAGUAUAUACUGGGAGGAAUGAUUCAUGUAUUAUUGGCAUGAUUAGUUUUAAACCUCAGUUUGGCAAAGUCAGCUUUUUUUUUUUUUUUUUAAAUUAGAAAUAAAAUCAGUAUUCUGAUGGUGGGGAAAAAUAAGCUUAACAACAGAUGUUAUCCUUCCGUGAGUUUUUCCAGUUGCUUCUGUUUAAAUCCAGGCAAAGCAAGACAUUCAUAUUUCAAACUAAGUCAUCUCUGGGACAUCAGGAGUUAAAAUACCACCUAUGUAUUGGCUUUAGAACUAUAUGUAAAGCCCACAUUAGUUUUUCUAAAUCACCAUUAGUUGGAAGGUAAGAAAGUAACAGUAACUUCAUAAAUGGAAGAGAAUUCCAAGGUAAAAUUAUUUCCUAAAACUAUUAAGAAAUAUUUUCUAACUUUCUGUGUAAUUUACUAGCAUAAGGUACAGUAUGAUUCUAAGUGAUAGACUUGUGAGAGGCCUUCUUACGAAACUUGAUGAACCAGUGAUUGUCACAUUCCACAGCAGCAUAUUGACCAAAAAAAUACCAGGACAGUUUUAAUUGUGGAGAAAUUUCCCAACUUUUUCUAAAUAGUUAUUUACAAGAAAAUUACUUAUUAGUAAGUUAUAAGUACUAUUUCACAUAUAUAUAUAUACAUAUAUAUGUGUAUAUAUACAUAUAUAUGUAUAUAUACAUAUACAUGUAUAUGUAUAUAUACACUUUGUUUUUUAGCAGUGGUGAUAUAAUGAGAAGGCAAAUAUGAAGUCCAAAAUUUCAACUGUUCCCUAUGCUCUAACCCCAUUCCCAGUGUGUAUUUCUUAGAAGAUAGUAGGAGAAGCUUUGUUUUGAGCAUUGGCAUGAAAACAAGUUUUACCAGUCAUAUAACACAGUUCAACCUGUUUAUCAUCUACGAUGUGUUUAGAUUUGACCUAUAAUAUAUAUAUAUGUAUAUAUACAUAUGUUUUUAUUAGAUCUUUACAUAUUUAUAAACAUUUAAUGUAAAUUCAAAUAUUAAUAGAAGUAUUGCUGACAGUGGUGCAUAGUUUGAAAACUGUUGGACCUAAUAAUAUUUGAGAGUUUAGUAAGGAGGUCUUCGGGAGUCAGAUGACAGAUUUAAAUCCCAGAUCUGCCAGCUCAGCAGUGUGACCUUGGACCCUAACUUCCCUAUUUAUAAAAUGAGGUGGAGGGGUGAGGAAUCUAACUCGUGCAGUUGUUUGGGGAUUAAAUGAGAUAAUAUAUAUAAAGCACUUAGCAUUGUACCUGAAACACAGUAAAUUCCUACUUAUACUUUCAUAACUACCAUAAAAUGACUGUUAUUAAAACCUCCUUUCUAUUAAUGUAAUAGAGAUCUCACAGAGGUAAACUCAGGGAAAAUGAUGGCAGCAGUAUAGUUUUGAAUCUCCACAUAAGAAUAUAGAGUAACUAGGAUAGCCACACACCCUGUUCUACAAAACUAGAUGACAAAUUGUCCCCACAAACCUACUGAGCAGUAUCCAAGUAGGUGAGGAUAAACCACUAACCGACGUAGUUUCAGCAUCUGUAUGGGAGGAAGUAGACAGCAGGCAGCUUGGUUUUUGACAGCCUUGAGAAUAGCAGAACUAUACCGUUGCCCACAGUUUCUCACUAGAAAGUCCAGUGGGAUAACCUGAGAACAGAAGCUGAAACUGGGAGGGGUUCUACAGGUUCCCAUUUGUAGGUGAGAGUUACAGCAAUAAAAUAAGGUCUGGUGGUUGUGCUAGAGCAGUCUGGGCCCUGUCCUGUGUACCUCUUCAAGGUAAUGAGACAAAGCUUAGCACUGAGGAGAAACUCCUAGAAUUAGAAUCCAAAUUGGACAGGACAGGUACUAUAGGAGAAGACAAAGAGAAGAGAAAUUCCAGACAAAUGUUGGGAAGGAAGACCCGUCAAUAUGCAGAGUCAUUAUAUAUAAAUAUAUAUAAUCUUUUAAAUUUUUAAAAAUGAAAAGGGAGCUUUAGGGCCAUGGUGCUAAGAAAAGUCAUCCUAGAGCACCCCUUCCUCCUAACAGUACAGGAAAAUUCAUUUUACAAAAAAAAAAAACCCAAAACUGAGAAGGAUUAUAGUGAAAUCCCAUUCAAAGUUAUUCUAAGAUAUAAGAGAAUAAGCAGACCAACACCCCCACAGACAAGGAAGGCACACCAGAAAGACGUGACCACAAGAGUGAUGGAAACCUAAUAUUAAAAAACAGUUACGACAGGAAAGUUGUAAUGUUUAGAACUAUAUCAAUAAAAACGGGAAAAGCUGAAAAUUAAACUACCAGAUCUUAAAAACUGGAGGAAAAAGCAAACCAAAAGAAAGCAGAAGGGAGGAAUUGGGGGGUGGGAAGAGGGGGAGAGAAAAGAAGAUAUGCAAACCACCAGCUAACCUACUGAAGAAGAAAAAGGAGAAAGCAAAAAUACACAAAAAUUUAAAUGACAAGGGAGAAAUAACCAUAAAACAGGAAAAUUUUCAAAAUUAUAAGACUGCUUUGAAUAAUUUUAUAUGAUAAAUUUUUUAAAAAACUGACUUUUAGAAAAAAUGCAAACUACCAAAAUUUCCCCUAGUGGAUAGAAAAUUCCAAACAAGCCAAUUACCGUAGAAAAAACAAAUAGUUAAACAAACGACUUUACAAAAAAAGCAUCAGGCCCAGAUUGUUUUAACAUACUUCUGUUAAACCUGUAAGAUUAAAUAAUCCUAAUGUUGUUUAAAUAAUUCCAGAGGCUAAAAAAGAAUCUUGAACCUCAAAGUGCCCCCCAAAAAAGGACUUCAAAAUUUAUUUUGUAAAGUGAGCAUAUUAGCACAUUGUUUCCAAAACCGGACAAAGAUUGUAACAAACAGAAAAUUAUAGACCACUCUCACUUAGGAAUAUCAUACAAAAAUUUUAACAAUAUAUUAACAAACCAAUAGCACUUUCAAAAAGUAAUAAAUCAUGACUAAGUUGGGUUUAUUAUAGGAAUGCAAGGACAAUUCAAUAUUAGACAAUCUAUUAUUCAUAUUAAGAGAGAAGGUGAAAAAUCAUGAUUAUCUCCAUCUUGGCAGAAAAGAUGCCGGACAGAAUUGAGCACUCAUUCAUGUUAAACAUACUCAAUAAGUAGAAAUUGGUAAGUAAUUCAUUGUACCUCUACAUGAAAGCCAACAUCUUAGUAUCAAAAGAGGCGAUCCAACCAGAGCCAGGAACAAGGCCAACUGUCUACUAUUGAUACUUAACACUGUGUUGGGGGUUUUAGGCAACAAAGUUUGACAAAAGAAAGGAAUUGGAAGGGAAGAGGUAAAACUGCAGCUAUGAUUUUGUAUGAGGAAAACCCAAGGAAUUUGUUGAAAAACUCGAAAAGAAUUUAAUAAAGUAGCAAUUACACACAAUUAACAUGCAAAUAUCACUAGCCGUCCCCAGACGCAAAGAGGGCAUACUCUGAUUCCACUUUGAUGAAGUUCAAAACAGGAAAAACUUACCUUUGGUGUCAGAAAUUGGCACCCCCUUUCACUCACUACCUCCCUCCCUAAAGGGAAACACUAUCAUGACUUAAAUCACCAUCAAUUAAUUUUGUCUGUUUUGAACUUCAUAGAGAUGGAAUCAUAAUAUGUACUUCUUUUUCAACUAUCUUUGGCUCAAGAAGGACUGGAAGAGUACAAGGCGGCUUCUAUGGUGCUGGUUCCACAGGUGCAUUUAUUCACUUUAUGAAUAUGAAGCUGUACACUUAUGAUUUGGGCACUUUUCUGUGUGUAUAAUUAUAGUUUAAUACAAACGUUUACUGAGAAGAAUAAAAGACUAUGUACACAAACCUAAACUAAACUAGUUAGAAGAUAUAUUUGACGAUCUCUUAUGAUUUCAAAAAGAAACUUAUGUGUGAAUGUUAAGUCAUGUCCAAAACCUGUAUGAGGAAAACUUAAAAAAUAAAACUCUUGAAAGACAGAAAAGUCUUGAACAAAUGAAAA